UGAGCAACAGCUGGAAUACCACGGCUGAAACCUCAUUGCCACUCUUAAGACACUCUGGUCUGGAAGUCGAAAUCUGUUUGUGCUUGUUUGCAGCCUUGCAGGGACAUGGCUGGGCGGAAUAUCGGAGUUGCUGUGGACUUCUCAUCAUGCAGCAAAGCAGCUCUGCGAUGGGCAUCAACCAACCUUACCAGGAACGGUGAUCAACUCAUACUUAUCCAUGUCAACAAUUCCUCCCAGACUGAGCAAGGAGCAAUGCAUCUCUGGGAACAGAGUGGUUCGCCGCUCAUCCCUCUGGUAGAGUUCUCAGAUCCCCAUGUCACCAAUACGUAUGGUCUGUCACCAGACAAGGAGACACUGGAAAUCCUGGCUCAAUUGGCAAAACAGAGAGGGGUUCAAGUCUUUGCAAAGAUAUUCUACGGUGACCCGACAAAGAAGCUGUGUGAGUCAGUUGACCUGGUUCCCCUCAGCUGCCUGGUUAUUGGAAGCAGGGGUCUGAGUACACUGAAGAGGGCUCUGAUGGGGAGCGUGAGCACCUAUGUUGUGAACCACGCCGCCUGCCCAGUCACGGUUGUGAAGGAGAACAUGUAGCUGCAGCUUGCUAGCCGAUGAUCAGAUGAUCAUACCGUCUGCAAUCUCAGAUAAAACAUAAUACUACGAUACCGUCUGCAAGAACAGUAGUUACGUCUAUGCAGUAGCACAGAUGACAGCAAUAUCGCCAAUAAAAGUGUGAUUGGCAUGCACUCAUGUUGUUCUGUACUUAAAAAACCACAUGCUUGAUCUAAACAUCCGUUACUAUGAGCG